CGCCCUUGGCUCCCAUGGCUUCCGGGCUCCGGCUUCUUCUCCUCGCCGUCGCGUGAGACUGCGCUAAAACCUAGGCUUUGAGACACCAAUGGCCUCCGCGACGGCGACGGCGCCCACAUUCGCUCUCGCAUCGUCCUUCUCGCGCGGCGGCUUCCUUCCGCUCCCUCGUCACGCCGGCCGGCCCAUGCUUCAGUCUCUGCGACUCGUCGCGUCAGCCGUGAAGCGGCGGCGCGGCGCGGUCGUGGUGGCAGCGGACGCGGCGGCGGCGGCCGGGAGCGCGGAGUUCGGCGACGAGGAGAACCCGUAUGAGCUUCUGGGCAUCAGGCCGCUUGAUAGCUUCGAUCACAUGAAAAUGGCCUACAAGAAGAAGCGCAAGGACGCCGAGGAGACUGGAGACGACGAGUUCCUUGCCAAGUUGGACAGGGCCUAUGACACUGUCAUGAUGCAGCAGCUGCAGUAUCGGAAGAAGGGAGUCACAUACGGGUCUGUUCAGGUGUCCAAGGAUAUCAAGUAUGCUGACAAUCAACCAGUGGUGCCUUGGGGACCAAGAUUCUCCCGAUCAACAAUGAAGGACAUGCGCAUAAAUAUGGCAGUAUCAGCAGCAUUUGUUGUUUGGAUAGCUAUUAUGGGCAAUGCAGACUGGAAGCCUUUGCAGUUCCUUUGUUUUGCUUUCUUCUACAGAAUACUACAGAAGCUAAGAGCUACUGAACCACCAAUUACUCCAAUAUACAAUGAAUAUGGCGAGGUCGAAGGACGAGGGAUAAGAAUGGCAAAAAGAGUAGUCCGUGCUUUGGGUUUGAUAUUUGGAUGUGUGUUCGCUGCAUCCCUGGGUUAUACAGCAGCUAUUAACUUGAUCGAGCUUUCAAUGCAGUACACUCCCCGCCUUGUUUAUUACUACCAGGAGCUGAUUGUUACGGCGGCUACCUCCGUUCUUCUGUGCAUCACAGCCUCAUACUACCGAUGAACACGACGACGAGCAGUGAUGGCCUGGCUGAGGCGAUUGUGAGAUAGCCGAGAAUCCACAAAUUUUGUAGCAUACUUCCACCAGCACCUGUCAGCUUUGAGGCAGAGAGUUCUUAGUGCAGGAUCAUACAUGACCACUUGUGGCACAAUGCAGAUGACCAAUGGAUGAAAAACAUUUGGCGUGAAUACUUCAACAGCAGUGUUGUGUGUGUGCAAUUUUUAAUUAGGUCUUGGACAUGUUAGACAACAGGGUUAGCUGCAAUGUGCAUGUGCUUUGUUUUGCCUCGAUCAACGAAUGAAUGAAAGUACUAGCUGCUGCUUCUUUGUU